AGCUGCUCUGGUGAGGUAAUCAGCCCCCCUUGUCUGUUCUUCCAGCUGCUGAGUGGAGAGAGAACGACAGCAAGCUUUUGGACCUUUGAGUAUUACCAGUCCUUCUUCAACGUUGACACACUGCAGGUGCUGGACAGGAUAAAGGGCUCAGUGCUGCCGUUUCCUGGCCGGAGCUUCGUGAAGCACCAUCUCCGUAGCAAUCCAGACCUGUACGGGCCAUUCUGGAUCUGCGCAACACUGGUCUUCUCUAUGGCCGUCAGUGGGAACCUCUACACCUUCCUGGCCAAGAUGGGAGACCCCCAGUAUCACUACAGGCCCCAGUUCCACAAAGGUGUGAGAGCCGUCCUNGCCGUGUUCUGCUAUGCCUGGCUGGUCCCGCUGUGUGUCUGGGGGUUCCUGCAGUGGCGCCGUGGGUCGGAGCACCAGGUCGUCGGGUAUUCCUUUCUGGAGACGGUCUGCGUGUACGGAUAUUCCCUGUCCAUCUACAUCCCCACCUCGGUUCUCUGGAUUAUUCCGGUGCAGUGGUUGCAGUGGCUGCUUAUCCUGGUUGCCGUGGCAAUCUCGGGUUCGGUGCUGGUUCUCACGUUCUGGCCAGUGGUCCGCGACGACACCAAGGUCACUGCCGUUGCCACAGUGAUCGCCAUCGUCCUCCUGCACGCGCUGCUCGCCAUUGGCUGCAAGCUUUACUUCUUCCAGACCGCCGAGCGCACGUGGAGCCCCACCACACCGGCGGCCACCCCCACAGGGAACCACAGCACCCUGCUGACCCGCACAGCUGUGACACACUGAGCAACACCGGCGGGGCGAGGGGGGGCCAAAGGAGAGGGUGAGGGGAUAAGGGAACGAGGGAACGAGGGGAGGGAGGAAAAUGGGGGAAAGUUUUUUGUUUUGGAGAAAUUAUUUAUUUUGUGCUCUGGGGGUGGUACACUGGCAGGGGCUCAGGGGCUGGCGGGCGGGCUGGGUGGGCUGGCCCAGCAGUCCUGCACGUUGUCGCCUUCUGAACGGGACAGCGGGGUACCGUGGGAGAGGGAGAGCGGCCCAGUCGCUGCGCAGGAUGACCUGUCCCUCCGUCCUGCGGUCCCACGGUCCCGCCGCAGCCCGAGGGGACGGUCAGCGCGGGGACAGAGCGUCGAGUCUCGGGGUUCAGGCACACCGAAGGGAAGGGGAUUCCUUUACCCAGUUUGCAGUCAAGUGUUAGGGUUAACCCCAUCAUGGUUAUUUAUGUAUUUUUCCUUUUGAGAUGGAAAAUGAUGGAUCGCGGAAAUUAAAAAGUUGUGGGAAGACA